GUUUUAAGUUCCAGCUCUAGAUGUUUGUGUGUGAGCCCUCUGCGGAUGUAAAUUCUAAUAUCCGAUAAUUAGCAAAGUGGAGCCAAAGUGUCCCUUAUCGCGACUGUCAUGCUCUGGCUGCAGCCAAGGAGCUGUCGCAUUCCCCGUUGAAAUUGGACCACGAACCAAGGAAUCCCACGUCCACGGGCAGGAGCAAAACAAAGUAAAACGCAAUACCACUGCGAUGGCGACGAGUGAAGGGGCGAGCGAGUGUUGAAAAAAUCGGACUGGAUAUUGGAUUUGGCCAAAAAUCGGCCUUAACAGUCAGCCAAAAGCACGAAAAACAAUAAUCAACCCGAAGCCUAAAGGCACUAAAUCGCUGGCGGUGUCACACAAAUGAGACAUGCAAAUAGUGCGGAUGGUAAAAACAAAUCGCAGCAGCAGUGGACAUAGCGGACUAGAACAAUAACAGUAUAGACGAAGACCCGAUCUCCAGAAGAAGUGUCCUGGGUGGCAGAAUGUCCAAGAGGAGUUGCCACAUACUCACCCUGCUGGGUUUGUGCCUGGUCUGUCAUGAGGCUGCUGUGGUCAGGGGUCAUGUGCUGGUCUAUCGAAAAAUAACCAGUCAGUUAAUUGAAGAGUUUAAUGACAUGCCAGCGCAAUUCGGGCCCCAGGUGCCUUCAAAUGGUCUCAAAGUGUAUGUGGUUCCCGCCAGGUACCCUUACUACGGUUGUGAUGGCCUGGACAGACCACCGCACUUGAACUACCCACCCUCAGCCAAAUUUGUGGCAUUAGUAUCGCGCGGUGGCGAUUGCACCUUUGAGCGGAAGGUGCGCGUGGCCCAGAAUGCAAGCUAUUCUGCUGUGAUUGUUUACAAUAACGACGGCGAUGACUUGGAGCAAAUGUCCGCCGAUAAUUCGUCGGGCAUAAGAAUACCGUCGGUUUUCGUGGGCCACACGACUGGUAAGGCGCUGGCCACGUACAACACACCCGAGGUGGUGCUAAUCAUUAACGAUGAGCUGCCCUUCAACAUUAAUACCCAGCUGAUAUUGCCCUUCUCCAUACUAAUUGGCCUGUGCUUCAUCAUCAUGGUUAUCUAUAUGAUCUACAAGUGCAUUCGCGAGCAGCGCCGCCAGCGUCGCCAUCGACUGCCAAAGAGCAUGCUGAAGAAGUUGCCAGUGCUCAGAUACACCAAGAACAAUGCGAACAACAAAUACGACACCUGCGUCAUCUGUCUGGAGGACUUCAUCGAGGACGAUAAGCUGCGUGUGCUGCCCUGCUCGCAUCCCUAUCACACACACUGCAUCGAUCCCUGGCUUACGGAAAACCGUCGUGUCUGUCCCAUCUGCAAGCGCAAGGUUUUUACGAAGGGCGAAGCGCGUGCAAGUCGGAAUCGACAGCCUUCUUUGGAUAACGUCACCGAUACAGAUGACGAUACUACGCCACUGCUGCAGCAGCAGCAAUCCAAUGGUAGGCAGGCGACUCAGGUGAACUCCGCCUCCUCGGCAACUGGAGUAGCUGCCGGGAGCAGCUCGAGUGUUGCUGCGGCGGCUGUUGCCGGAACCACACGACACGGAACCUUCCGUCGUGGAGACGCUGGCCGAAAUCCGUUUGAGGAGUCUCAGAGCUCCGACGAUGAGAAUGCUCUACUGGACUACGAAGUACGUCCGGCCACGUCUGGAGCACACGAACGCAUCAAUCCCUUUGACCGUGCUCCCAAUCUACCGGCUCACCUAGCCGAGCAGUUAACUGAAGUUCGUCCCUCGGUCUGGUCGCGCAUCAAUUUUGGCUCGUUCUUCCGCCGCCGACCGACUGUCAUUAGUGUGGCGGCGCCACCCUAUCUGGAGCACGUUGAGUCCGGUACCAGUGCCAUGGGUCUGCCCGCGACGGGGACAAUUGCUGUGGCCAUGCCCGCAUCGAACAACAUCCUCAAUCCGAAUUUAAGCGGCUCCUUCAAGGACGACGAAGAAAUGCCACCGCAUCGCUCGAUCUACGAACCGAUAGCGAUCAGCACUCCUGCCGCGGACUCAGCAGCCGUCGACGAUUCGGCGUUCCUGCAAACGCCCACGCAGGGAGGCAUAGGCGUGGCCGCCCUGCCGCACAGCGCCUCCGAUCGCCAGUUUCUCAUAUGAGGCGAGCUAGUUCGCCACGAGUCCUUAGCCUGUAGGUUGUCGGUGGUCGCCAAUCCACGGACCACAAACCCGGUUCCGAGUUUUUUAUUGGGGCUUGCGAUCAAUGCUAUGGCUGCCAGCUGCUUUGUUUUAAAUAAUUAACAAAUGUUUAUUAUUAAUAUUGAUAAAUAUGUAGCCGAACCUUGUGUUGGACUGUGCGCUGUCCCACUUCCAGGACACCCACCCACAAACACCCACACAGACACAAAACACACACGUCAUUUAUAUGCGUAUACAAAUUGUGAUUUAUUUUAUAUACAUUUUACAAUUAACCCAAUCGGCAAACUUAGAAUCCGCCUCGCCUGCAAACUCCCAACCAAAAAUAUAAACGAUAUAUGGAAAGCCAAGAAUAACACGUUUAAGAUUUAAUUGUUUACCUGAUUCGCAUUAAUCAUUGGUUCUGUAUUAAAUCAAGCAACACUCAGACACACCUAUUAACCUGAUUCACUGAAAUAGUCAUCUUUUACCCAAUAAGGUGUCGUUUUAUUUCGAUGUAAUUGCGAACUGUUAUCCAACAAAAUUACAAAGAAAUUAAUUGAAACGCAUGAUUAUGUGGAAUUGGCCCGUAUACUAUACAUUAUUCUCGAUUUAACUAAUUUUAAGUUUACUAUAUAGCAUAUAACACAAAAAUCCAAUGAUGCAAUAGGUUUUCCACCUCUGUUUUCAAAAUGGAAAAUUAUAUUUCAAGUCAAAGUCGUUGCCACACUCCACUUAAAGUAGAAAAAUUAGGCGCUAGUUUGUGAUUAUUUUUCCCAAAAAAAAAUAUAUAUAUUCAACCAAUAAAAGCUGUUCACAACAAAACGAAAUCAAUUAGGGCAUAGAUGCAGAUAUAUAUUUAAAAAUGCUGUGGCAGUGUAAUCUAAAUUUAAUUUACAUUCAACAAAAUAAACGUAAAGGAAAUAAACUAA